GAGAAAGUGUCGGGCUGUUUGUCAUUCAACACGACGAUUUCAACAUGAAGACAUCUCCAAAGUUCGUUCUCUACCUGACAUGUUUCUUCUUGGGGAAAAUGGCUAGAUGCAUCAUUUUAUUUUUUCUCAUCAAGACAGUGGAUGUAUAUCAGCUGAUGUUGGAGACAACUUGACUUUGCAGUGUUCAUAUGAGGAGAGGGAAGAUGGGAUGUAUUGGACACUAAGGGCGUCACUGUCAGUGUGAAAGGUUCAGAGUCUAACAUCCAGGUUGUGGAAGGAAGGACCAGCGCCGUGGAAGGCUGCUGAGUCUCACACUCUCCCACAGCUCUGCUCUUUUUUCUCUUUUUUUCUAUCUUGUAGUUAUUUAUUCUACUUUAUUUUGUAUCAUGCACUCCGGUAAAGCGAGCCCUAUCAUCAUAUAUGAUAGAAAACAACUUCUGUCCAUCGGUUUGACGGUAAAAAACACUUUUUCACCCCCACCGACAACAAACAAAGGAGACUACCCAUGGCGCUGUUUACCUGCCGUACCUGGAACACGGAGGCGACGACGAAGGAAAAGAGGGUCGCGAGCCGGCGUCCUGGUCCGGCAGAGGAAACGUGAAAACCGGCCUCCUCUACCAAGCAUUCUUCUGGCUAAUGUCCAGUCCCUGGACAACAAGCUGGAUGAACUUCGUAGCAGGAUGGCGUUUCAACGGGACAUCAAGUUUUGUAACGUGAUGGUUUUCACGGAGACUUGGCUUGACCCCUCGAUCCCGGACUCCGCCUUGUUCCCAAGGGGGUCUCCAUUCACCGCCAGGACCGGACAACAAACUCAGGUAAGAGCAAGGGAGGGGAUGUCUGCUUCAUGGUGAAUAAUCUGUGGUGCUCUGAUGUGAGGAUUAUUUCUUCAGGCUGUACUCCGGACCUGGAGCACCUCAUGAUCAGAUGCCGACCUUAUUACAUACCGAGGGAGUUUACAUCGGUCGUUAUAACAGCUGUGUACAUUCCGCCCAGUGCUGACACUAACCAGGCACUGGACGAGCUGCAUGCGGUGAUCGACAGAACAGAGACAUCACGGCCCGAGGCUGCGUUUAUCGUGGCCGGGGAUUUGAACAACGCCAAGAUGAGGAAUGUCCUGCCGAGAUACUACCAGCACAUAAGCUGUCCGACGCGCUGCGCGAACACGCUGGAUCAUGUUUACACUCCCGGGGGUGCAUAUAAGGCCCUCCCCCGCCCCCCAUUCGGAAAAUCAGACCACGUUUCAGUCCUGCUGCUGUCUUCCUAUAGGCAGAAACUCAAGCGUGACAGACCGGUGACUCGGACCAUUCAGCGGUGGACCGAUCAGUCAGACUCUGCUCUUCAGGACUGUUUCAGAAUGACAGAGUGGUGCGUGUUCCAGGAUGAUGACAUCAACACGUACACGGACGAGGUCAUCUGCUACUUCAGCAAAUGCAUCGAUGACGUCGUACCCAGGAUUACUGUGCGAACAUUUCCAAACCAGAAGCCCUGGAUUAAUGGUGAUGUCCAUGCUAAACUCAAAGCACGGACUGCUGCCUACAUCUCAGGGGAUCUGGAGGAAUACAAGAAAUCCAGGUACGCGCUUCGGAGUGCCAUUAGCAGUGCUAAGAGACUCUACAGGGACAAAGUGGAGUCCCAUUACAAGGGCUCCAAUACUAGGAACAUGGACUGAGAACCAUCCUAGACUACAAAGCUAAAACGAGCAGUGCUGAUGUAGUGUCUGCAUCUCUCCCAGAGGAUCUGAACACUUUUUAUGCACGCUUUGAGAGUAACUCCCCGGCUGCGGAGAUCGAGGAGGCCCAGGAGGACCGCUGCCCCCCAGUCAUAUCUAGAGCAGACGUGUGGAGAUCUCUCAACUGGAUCAACACGCGAAAGGCACCUUGACCUAAUGGGAUCCCCAGCCGAGCUCUCAAGGUGUGUGCAGAUCAGCUGGCAGAUGUGCUCCAGUCUGUAGUCCCCGCAUGUUUUAAGAAGACCAUCAUUGUCCCUGUUCCCAAGAAAACUAAAAUCCUCUGCCUGAACAACUACCGCCCAGUAGCACUCACUUCUAUCAUCAUGAAGUGCUUUGAGCGGCUGAUCCAACCAUUCCUCACCUCCUCCCUCCCUGACUCUCUGGACCCUCUUCAGUUCGCCUACAGGCCAAAUAGGUCGACUGCAGAUGCCAUCUCCCUCACCCUCCACACUGCCCUCUCCCACCUGGACCAGAGGGACACAUAUGUGAGAAUGCUGUUC